CGCGGCGGCUGGAAGCGACACAUCGUCCGGCAGCUGAAGCAGCGAGACCGGGCGCAGAAGGCGCGCUUCCUCGCCCUGGUGCAGGCCUGCUUCUGAGCAUCUCUGCUGCUAAAUGCAAUCCUUCCCCAUUCUCUCCAGUGGAAAGGAGGACUGCAUUUAGCAGUGGUAUACAGAAGGGAGUAGAAAAAGAGGAAGGCCAAACAAGAGAUGGAUUGAUUCCACAAAGAAAGCCUACAGACCUGAACUUGCAAGAUCUGAACAGGGUGGUUCACGACAGAUGCUCUUGGAGGUCGCUGAUUCACAGGGUCGCCAUAAGUCGUGAUCGACUUCAAGGCACAUAUAACAACAACAAAAGAUCCUUAAUGGGAGCAGCUGCCACCCAACUGCUAGAACGCAGACAAUAACUGGGAGAAGCUAGGGUAAACAGAAUUAAUGUUACCCCUAACUAUAUAGAUCCCUGUUGCUAAGGAAACCCCAAACAUAUUACAGAUUAGCACUGCCUCGGCUGCUGAGAUAGCCCUCACUACCAUCUCAAGCUUUCCUUCCAUCUGUGGGGCUGCCUGGUUGCUACUUUUCUAAAGAACUAGAGAAGGUCCUCAAAUGCAAAGAUGUAUCCCUGAACACUAAAGCCAGGAUCAUUCAGACCAUGGUAUUCCCUAUCUCUAUGUAUGGAUGUGAAAGUUGGACAGUGAAAAAAGGCGGAUAAGAGAAAAAUCAACUCAUUUGAAAUGUGGUGUUGGAGGAGAGCUUUGCUGAUACCAUGGACCACAAAAAAAGACAAAUAAUUGGGUGUUAGAACAAAGUAAAUCAGAACUAUCAGUAGAAGCAAAAAUGAUGAAACUGAGGUUAUCCUACUUUGGACACAUCAUGACAAGACAGGAUUCACUAGAAAAGACAAUAAUGCUGGGAAAAACAGAAGGGAGUAGAAAAAGAGGAAGGCCAAACAAGAGAUGGAUUGAUUCCACAAAGGAAGCCACAGACCUGAACUUGCAAGAUCUGAACAGGGUGGUUCAUGACAGAUGCUCUUGGAGGUCGCUGGUUCACAGGGUCGCCAUAAGUCGUAAUCCAUUUGAAGGCACAUAACAGCAAGAAACGUAGAGCAUCACAACAGAAUUGUGCUGGGCAAGGUAGACCAGUGGUCCAACUCAGUAUAAGGCUGCUUCAGUCCAAUGCACAGUAAUAGUCCAGCGAGACGCAUUUAAUUGUUCUUAACAAUAGGUUUUCAGUGUAUAGAACCAGUUAAGUGCGCCAAAGGAAUACUCAUCUGUGGUUUGAAAAUAACCUCUUAAAGGAAACACCUGCCUUUGUGUUGUAUACCUGUUCUCUGCGUGUCUGUAGCCAGCAGUGACCCAGAAAGGACAGGAGGGUUGUGGGGGUUUUUUGUGGAUGGCUGGUGAACGUAGAGAACAUAGGACACUGCCUUAUACCAAGUCAGAUCUUUGGUCCAUCUAGCUCAGUAUUGUCUACACUGACUGGCAGCAGCUCUCCAGGUUUUAAAGCCCAGCUUAAAAUAAAAUCUCCCAGCCUCGGCAUCCCGUCUGUAAUAUGAGCAUAACACAGGCCAACCUUGCAGGACUAUUGAUGCUAUGUAUAAAAUGAUUUCAAGACUUGGAAUGUGAUGUAUCAAUGCAAGUUACUUAUGUAUGUAUGUAUUUAUUACAAACAUUUAUCUACAGUCCUUCACCCUACUGGAUUCUAAGGUAGCACACAGCAACAAGUGUGCAACCUUCCAUCGGUAGCAAUCUCAGUAAGGGGUCGGGAUUGCAGUUCGAGAUUGAUAAGGAGAUAGUCAGGAAAUACCUAGUUAACCUAAAUGAGUUCAUAUCUCCAGGGCCUGAUGAACUGCAUCCCAGAGUAUUGAAGGAACUUACGGAUGUACUCUCAGAACCUCUUGCCAUCAUCUUUGAGAAAUCCUGGAGAACGGGAGAGGUGCCGGAGGAUUGGAGACGGGCAAACAUCGUCCCGCUCUUUAAAAAGGAUAACAAACUCCUGGAAAAAUCCACCCUGGAAAACUUCACUGCAAAGAUACAUGUGAAAUCUCUGGAUAACCAGAUGGGAUUUCCUCCCAGAGGCACCCAGGAGUCCACCGACUGUGCCUUGGGGUCAGUCUUGGGCUACCCCAGAAUGCUGGAAAGCCUGAAGAGAAGUCACGAGGGACAUUUGGUGGAGCUGGAAAGCAUCAAUGGGGAGCUGGCCUACAAGAUCUAUGAAAUGAACUUGCUGCUCAAAGCUCACGAUGCCACUUUAGAGGAACAGCGGGGCAGGCUGGCCUGCCUGAGUGUGCAAGUCUCGGAUCUGGAGGCCAAACACUGCCUGCUGCUGGAGCGAGUGGACGAGCUGAGCCACAGGAACGCGGCCAUGAGGGACGGCUAUGGUGCUUUGCAUGAGUGUUACUGGAAUCAGGAGGUGGAGUUACGCCGGGCGGCCGAGAGAGGCCUGGAGCUGCUCCGGUGCCUCAUGCAGACAAAAGUGGAAGCUGCUGAACACUGGAACAAGGCAAUUGAGAGGGCAAAGCAAGAUAGGCUGUCCAAGGAGCUGAAGAAGGCGACGAAGGCGAUGGUCAGCAUCAAGGUGGAACCAGAAGAACUGAAGGCUGAUGAACAAAAGGUGCCCCACAGAGAUGCGCAGGAGAAUGGUGAGAAACUGUGGAAAAGGCCUUUUAGAUCUGCCUCUGCUGCUUCCAUGACCCUCACCAGAUACGUGGAUGUUUUCAAGGGUUUGUUUGAUUUCAGGCUGAAACGUGGGAACUCCGUCAGCAGCCUGUCGGAGGAUCGGUACUGUUGCAUCCCCUCCUGUGUGACUGCCUGCCUCCCAUCCAGAGUGAGUGACGAACAGGAAGCCCACAUCUCGGAGAUCAAUGCCAUCAAGUUCAGUCCAAAUUCAUGCCUGCUGGCCACUGGUGGGACUGACAGGCUGAUUAGACUCUGGAAUGUGGCUGGAGGUCGCCUGGAGAACAUGCAGACGUUGGGAGGUGCCAACGGUAGCAUCACCAGUGUUGAAUUUGAUCCAUCGGGAUGCUACCUCUUAGCUGCUACGUACAACAAUGCAGCUCAGUUGUGGAAGAUUGGAGAUGGCCAAUUCAAGGAGAUUCUCACUGGACACACUGACAAAGUGACGGCUGCCAGGUACCGGUCCACCCGGUACCAAGCUGUGACGGGUAGCCGGGACAGGACAGUGAAGGAAUGGGACUUGAGCAAAGGGGCAUGUUACAGAACAAUCAAUGUCUUCUCCUAUUGCAACGACAUUGUGUGUUGCGACACCUUCAUUGUCAGUGGACACCAUGACAAGACAAUCCGUUUCUGGGAUAGCAGGGAGCCCCGUUGCAUACAGGUGAUCCCCGUGGAAGGCAAGGUGACCUCCCUGAGCAUCAGUCCAGAUCAGAUGCACCUCCUGAGCUGUUCCCGGGACAACGCCCUCAAGGUCAUUGACCUUCGAAUGAACAACAUCCGUCAGGUCUUCAGGGCUGAAGGAUUCAAGUGCGGUUCUGAUGGGACCAAGGCAGUAUUCAGCCCUGAUAAGAGUUAUGCUUUGGUUGGCUCUGCAGACGGCACCCUCUACCUCUGGAACAUGGAGACAGGCAAGCUGGAAACCAGCCUGCCUGGAGUGCAUUGCUCUUCUGUGAAUGCUGUGGCCUGGAGUCCCUCUGGGGCGUACAUUGGGAGCGUGGAUUGCUGCAGGAAGGUGGUCCUGUGGAGAUAGUGUCAGCUUUGUGGUCAUGCAGAGGAUGAUGGCAACUCUGGACCUCUUUGCCUGCAGGUUCCCGCCUCUCUCCAACCUCACCUGUUUGUGCCUUUUGCUGCUGCACUCUGGGCUCAAGGGAGCAUCUGGAACGUAACAAGCCAGGAGAUCCGAGAGGUUGAAUCAGUACCUGUAUGCAGGUGGCAUAGAUUUCUGUCCUCAAGCAGCCACUACAGGAAACGGAAAUAGCUCCCUGAUUGCAGGACUGGAACCCAGUGCCUUAGAGUCCAAGGGCUUAUCCACACGGGAGCAUACCUUUGUAUUAAAGAUGCUGAUUUUACCAUUGUGAUAGAUUUGCAAGGUCCGCACUUGAUAGCUUCAAAUCCGCUGUUUUCCAUUCACAAAAGUAGGCAUUCCUCUGGGAAGGAUUAGCAUCUGUUUCCUUGUGGCCCCGCCCUCCAAUUUUACACGUUUACUCCAUCCAGUUCAAGGCUGAAGCCAGGAAAGUGCCUCAGUGUGCAAUUGACAAGAAAAAGUGAAACUGACCCCAAAAAAACCCUUCUCCAUUGUCCCAGCCUAGACGGAUGGGGCGGGGAGUGAGUGAAAAGGUAAAGUAGGCAGCAGCUGUGAUAGCUUUUGCCGGUGGCAGAGAGAGAGGGAGCAGGCGAUGGGGCAUAAGAGAGCCCUCCCACUAAAAAAAAUUGAAGCAAAGUGCCUACACGGAAGAGUGCAGCAAAGCUGAGACGGUUUUUCUUUUCGCAUUAUCAGCGGAUUGGGUUGAUAUGGAUUUAAAGGAGAAAACUGCGUUAUAGCUUCUGCUUGCCUGCAACGUCAUGUGAACCAUGCAAAUUACAAGUAGCACCAGACACACACUAAAUUGCCGUGUGGAUGAGCCCCAAGAGAUGAGAGCUCAAUUGUCACAGAGGGUGGCAAAGCACAAGACUAUUCCCAGCUUUUACCUUCACAGAGUCUCGCAGGCUCAGCUUGGUAGCUUGGAUAACUUUGCAGGAGAAUCAAGACAAAUUCAAGAACAAUCGGUCUGUCUGUGGUGAUCAACUUAGUGGAACCUAAUCAUUUAUGGAAAAAAUAAUUAUAUUCAAACAUUUUUGAAAUUAUAAACUGCUCAGAGAACUUGGUUGUCAGGCGGUGUAUAAAUACUGCUAGUAAGAAAAUUAAUAAACAAGCGUGCAUCCUUAAAGAGGCAGUGUACCUCUGAGUAACAGGGUGCUGAGGACAGAGAAGAAGAGGGGGAAGCUAUCUGCUUCCUGCUUGCCUUUGGAUACUCCAGGGGCAUCUGGCCUAGCUACUGCUGGAAACAGGAGGCUGCACAAGAUAGACUUUGACAGGAGCUAGCAAGGCAGAGACAGGCGUAAGGUUUUAAGAAGAGUCCCAGCAGGCCUCUCCACCUGCCAUGUGUGAGCCUUCCUUUCCACAAUAGGCAGCCAUUCCGGCACUGGAGGUGCUUGAUUGCCCUUUCCCCCUUGUGCACCUGGUGGUGAUUGCUGCGGUGCACCAGGUGAGCCCAGGUCCAGUCCCACAAGGCAGUUCUGAUGUUCAGUUUCCCAAUGGGCUGAGAGCUAUUUGUUAACUUCUGGAGUCAUGUGGGUUAAUCCCAGAAUUGUAUGAAUGGGGGGGGGGACAUUCCUCGUAGAAACGACUGCCUUUGGAGAACUCCCUGUCACAAGAAAAGUGCCGCCCUGGGCUCCUGCUGGGAGGAAGGGCGGGAUAUAAAUAAAAUCAAAUAAAUAAAUAAGACUAGGGCGAGAAGCCUCUGAGAAGCAGGGAGCAACUGGAUGGCUUUUCUAUCAGAUCCUGAUAGACAUAAGAACAGCCAAGAGACAGUGCAAUAUAAUGGUCAGGGUCUGGACUUGGACACAAGAGACCAGGUUCAAAUCCUUGGUCUGCUGCUGUGAAGCUUAGCUUGGGCCAGUCCUGCACUCUCAGCCUAGCACGCCUAAAGACAAAGAGAAGAGGCCCUGUAUUCCAGUCAGAGCUGCUUGGAGGAGGAUGAGGGGGAAAUGUAAUGGAUGAAGGUUCACCCUUUCUUGUCACUAGAGACGGAGGACAAUUUUGUUCAGUCUGCAUUUUAAAACAAACUGACACAAUUCACCGCUCUUGGACUUGUGUGCCGAUAGGGAUGCAGUUCACAUUCGGAUUGCGCAUUUCUCCAAAUUAUGCAAUGCAGUUUUUGUUUUAAAACGUGUACAGAAAUGCAUAUUUUACAGGGGGGAAACGCAUAUAAAAUGUUUUUAGGAGGAAAUACAGAGGAAAGCAUACAAAAUGUGCUUUUUAAAGAUAAAAUGCAUACAAAAUGUGCAUUUUAUGGACAGCACAUACAAAAUGCAUAUAUUUUUAAUGCUAUUUUGUGCAGUUUUUCAAAAAAAAAUCCAGAGAAAAUGGGACAGAAUGGAGUGAUGAUGUGAACCUGACAUGGAACAAAAAUAGACUGAUCCACUGAGUUACAAGCUGGAAGGUCCAGGGUUCAGUCCCUGGUGUGUCUUUUACAGCACCCCUCUCUAUAGAGGCCAGGGAGAGCUGCUCCCACUCAAGAUAGACGGUUUUGGGCUUAACAGGACUGAUUCUCUUUAAGGGAGAUCAUAUGAUCAAAGCUCAGUGGUAGAGCACAUCUUCUGCAUGCAGAAGGUCCCAGGUCAGGCCUCCAUCAUCUCUACCUCAGAGCUUGGAAAAGUUACUUUUUUGAACUACAACUUCCAUCAGCCCCAGCCAGCAUGGUACUGCCUGGGGCUGAUGGGAGUUGUAGUUCAAAAAAAGUAACUUUUCCAAGCUCUGCCUAUAUAGGGAUUUUGGACAGGAGAGCUAGCAAACAUCCUUUACCUGACACCUUGGAGAACUGCUGCCAGCCAGAGAAAACAAUACUGGCCUAGAUGGACAAAGAUGGACAAAGUCGGAUGACUUGGUGUCCAAACACUGUAUUUCCAGCAUGCUGGGCCAGCCUUAGGGAUGGGUGAGCUGGGGCCGAGCUGAACCCAGUGGCUGUUUUUUUAAUGAACUGUCUGCAGUGAGCUAGGGUGGCAAAAAGCAAGUGUCUGUAACCUUUUUUUUCAGUGUUCUACAGGUUUUGUAGGUAGUACCCAAUCUUCCUUCAGUUAGCCUUGAAGUACGUUUCUUUUUCAGUUCCCACUUGGAUGUAUUUGUGCUCGGUAAAAAAAAAAGUGAAACACAGCUUUUGCUUUGACGCAAUGUUACUGACUACUUGGCACUUCAGAUGCUAUAAACACUAUAUAAAUAAGAACAAAAUAAAGCUGUAAGCUUUAAGAGGUCACCUUUUAUUUAUAAUUUGUCUUUAUUAAAGAUAAAAAAUAAUGGAUAUUCUAAAAUAAAGAAUGUUUACCAAAAGAGAGGAGCUCCUACAAAAAUAUUUUAAAAGGAACACUUGUGAUAGCUCAGGAGGGAGUGUUGGGGCUCUGGAAGGAGAGCUUGCAGCAGGAGCUACUUUGUGUGUGCGUGCUGAACAUAAUAAAGAAUAUAAACCUACAACUCCGUGGAGCCUAGAA